AUACAAUUCUUUUUCUUUUUACAGGAUAAAGAUAGAAAUUAAAAACGAAUCUUCUUAAACAAUUUACAUUUUCAAAUGCAAUAUGUUUUUCGAGGUCUUUAAAGAAACGAAGUAUCCUCGCUUUGGCAAGUACAUUAAUCAUUUACAACAUUUACGAUGUACAACAAUAAAUUCAACCUAAAUCGUUACACGCAUCAAUGAUAGAAUCUCGAGCUUUCAACACCGAUAAUGAGAGAUAAGAAGAAAGCUCAAACCUCAUUUUUGCGCUGAGCUAUCGAAAGACAAAGAUUGUAAAAAAAGAUGAUGGCAAAAUAUUUGUGUCUAGCGCCUCGCCACAGCGUCAGCUGAUAAGAAUUAAUAAUAAUAAGAAGAGAUUCGAGAGAGGAGCAACGUGACAAAGCGUAUAGACCUCCAGCGAGGCUCGCUCGAACUUUCGGCAUCAAAUGACAGUUGUUCUCCCACUCUCGGGCAAAAACCAAUGAGGCCGUCGGCCAAACGCAAUUUGUCUGCGCGCCGUCACAGCAACCAUUGUUUUUAAAUCGCCAAACGACUUGCAGAUAGCUAUCGACUCGAAAGUCUAGGCACAAACGAGGCGCGCGUCCAGACGCAAGACAUUAGAGAGCGAGUAGCCGGGCGACGGGAGAGGAGGGAUCGACACACUCCGGCGGCGUCACGCUACCCCGUCGCGCCGCAUCGAGGUAUAUAUGGCCGAGCCUCGGCGGCCGGCCAGACGACGGCUCAGUCGCGUUGCGCCGCGCAUCACCGCAAGUGCCGAUUCACGCAGACGCGCGAUGACGAUAGGCCAGCCGUUGCUCUCGUGACGAAGGCCCAGCGACGCGCCCUUGGCCGCAGCUCGAGCGCGUUUUGAAGACGGGGGGCAGUUUCGCCGCCUCGAUGUGUAGUGCAACUCCGGUCGACUCGCAAGGGCACCCGGAGAAUGUCGAAGAAGCAAUGGUUCGCGUUGCUGAUGCUGUUCGUCAUCUACCUGUUGCUCGGCGCCUCGAUAUUCUACCACAUCGAGAGCCGACUGGAAGACAAGAGGAUCGACAUUGCAAGGAAAGAACGCAUCGAGAUCAACGCUCUCCUGACUAAACAUUAUCAUUCGUGGGGAGGUCACGACCAGAACGAGAUAUUCCAGAAGUUGACCGAGUAUUGCGGCAAGCCGGUAUACAAUUACAAAGACGGCGAUGUCGACCAGCACAAAUGGGACUUCUACAACAGCUUCUACUUCGCUUACACUGUCGUCAGUACCAUCGGGUACGGUAACUUAGCGCCGACAAGUGAGCUAAGUCGAAACCUAAUGAUCUUCUACGCCCUCGUGGGUAUCCCAAUCAACGGUAUCCUGCUGGCCCAGCUUGGCGAGUAUUUCGGUCAAGUGUUCGUGACAGCAGUGCGGAAAUACAAAUCCUACAAGAAAAGCCAAAACGAGUCAUGCACAAAGAAAUCACUGACGUCGUUGGAGAAGCGACGGGCUGGUCUAUUCAUGCAGAUCGUCAUGUAUCUUCUGCCGGGCUUUAUCAUGUUCAUCUUCUUUCCGGCCUUCCUGUUCUGCUAUUACGAGGGAUGGACCUACGACGAGGCCGUUUAUUACGCCUUUGUCACGCUAACUACUAUAGGUUUUGGAGAUUACGUGGCAGGCCAAGACAACACGAAAGGAAAAGGACUAUGGUUCGCCCUAUACAAAGCAUUCUUGAUCGUGUGGAUCUUGUUCGGCCUUGGCUAUAUCGUGAUGAUAAUGACGUUCAUUGGCCGCGGUAUGACCAGCAAGAAGAUCGCCCGUCUUGAGCAUAAGUUCGCCGUCAAACUCAAGCAUACGCAGAGCAAGAUUUGGCAAGAGUUCAAUGAAGAUAUUAAUUACCUUAGACGGGUGUUCAAUGAACUUCAACUUUCCAAAGUCAAGAGGGUAUACGUGGACGAAUGCGUAUAUGACACACCGUUACCACACUACCCGAGAAGUAACAGUUUUCCUAACCUUCGAGAUCUACUUUACGGAGGUCUGGAACCAUCGCCGCCGUGCCCACGACGACGCGCUAAUAGCGAAGUUGUUCCAUCGGAGGGCCACGUAGCUCGUGUCGUCUCGGAAACCGACUUGCAGCGCAUCGAUAAGCACGCAACAUUCGCCACCCAUGCGAUGGUUCAACCCGCCGAAUUACUUGCACGUUUAGUUAACAUUCUCGGCUACAUACCACCACCGCCACCCCCCGAUGACGAUGAUAUAUCAACUACGGCUGACGAAAAAAUCGGAGUGCAGGGCUUCAGCGAAAAGGAAAUCCUUGCCACUGAGGCACAGUGGAACGACAAAUGGAUACUUGGAGCAGACGAGCCGAUUAAACCAUGCCGAUCGCGAGCGACAAGCGAGGUACGACUCGACCGAUCGGACAUUUUUACGUGCCCAAAUCUAAGUGAAUGGACUUGGUCGGGACCAGCGGCAUCGACGAAGAUACAAGAGAUUAGAAAAGCUCGCAGAAAUGACACACCGGAGCCUAAGGAUACUUUAUUUGGGCCUAAAUCGCGAUUGUUAUCGUUGAAUUUAGGUUUACCUAAGGGACCUAGAGGAUUGCUACCUCGAUGGGUUAGAUUCUUACGUGACAGCAAGAAGCUGUCGGUAGAUCAUUCGAUAUCGGGGGAUGACGUUGAGACGGGAAGCAGAGAGUUUGCUUCACAGCCACAGUCACCUGAUCGUAACAAUAUACUGAUAAACUUCAUUCUCAAUGUAGCUGUGCUGGACGCUCCGGAACGUCGCGAUUCCUACUCGCGACCGUACUACACACACACCGGUGGCAAUCUUCUCGAAGAAACGUCCCUGGCAGACUUCCUUCGAGCUUUGACAGCCCUGCAUUCACGCGUCGGUGUCGUGCCCGAUGAUUUUACCACAGGCCCAACGAAGAAAAGCAACAGCGGUCCUCAACGAAAAUUAGGAACGGCUUCGUUGACACCACCCAAACUGCCAAGUUUGCUGACGUUGUUCUCACCGCCAACUGGUCACAGUCAAAGUCAGCAGAAUACCAUCACGGCAGCUGCUGCCAGUGCCCAUCAAAAGAGGAGAUUUUCACUCAGGACAGCUGAAAACUCGAGCACCUCGACGCCUCUGUAUCAGAGACGAGCUACGCAAGGUGCUAAUGGUAUGAACAGACCGUCCACAAGAAGGUUUUCCUUGAGGCCGGUCGGUACACCGAUUCCCACGCCGAGACAAUUUUCGUACAAUUCGAAUACGAGUCAACCGGACGACCGUACAAGUCCACCACCUUACAAUGCCUCGGAAGCCUUCAUGCUGGAUUGUCCAAAGAAACCACUGGUAGAAAUGGAAGGUGCACCAGGCGUUUCCUCCCCCAUGGCGAUGCCUCUGCCAAAGAGUUACAGACGUUUUUCGCUACGACCAGCUCAGAUUGGCAUUCCACCAGCACCUUCAUCAGCUGCAAUGCCACCGCCGGUCGCUCAACAAGCAGCUAAAGCUAUUCCAAGGUGGAAAGCCGGUAUGCUGCAGCGUCAGCUCGGGCAGAGGAAUGUUCAGAGAAGAGCACGAGCUUUCAGUUUGAGUGACGUUCAUUCGGAAGAGUCGGAUCGCAGGAUUGGCAUCAGUCCCUUGGCUCUGCACGACAACGCCAGCACGAUAACCUCGGUUCAAGGCCAACAAUUCACAAUGACACCGAAAACCGUGACGAUCGUAUCACCAGACCUGUCUCACACCAAGUCCAAGUACCAAAAGCGUCCGAGCGAUUUGACGGACAUCAGUAGCAGUGGCAGCAGUGCGAGCACUAAUCAAUACACGUCGACUCAUGGUUUGCGUCGCUACAACAGCGAUAUCGAGUCGAUCUCGUCAAAAAGCUCCAGCCAUUCGUCAAAGUCGUUGGAUAAAGACGUGCCUGCCUCUUCGUCGUCCAAGAGCAGCAGCAGAAAAAGUUCGGAUGUUAGACCGUUGUGGAAAGCUACAAGCUACGAGAAAGAGGAUGUCAAGUGGGAUUUCCCCGAGCCAGUGAAUUCUACCGACGAGAUUCUUGCGGAAAUUGUUAAAGAGUCGGAAGACGUUACGAGAAGAUUGUCCGGAGAGUCAAGUAAUAAGGAGGCUUGUGAGAGAACAAAUUCAAUAAACCAGCCGUCGACUGGUAGAAAAGCGUCGAUAGCAUCGAUAGAGACGUGGACUGAGUCGAGAAGUAGAAAAAGUUCUGUUACCAAGAAAGACCAUGUAAGAAUUGAUGUGCCUGAUGAUUCCAAUGACAAACAUUCUCCAGUCUAAUUGUUUUAGUAGUUUUCUUCUAUUUUUCUCUUGUUUUAUGUAAGGGAUAGAAUUCAGGUGCCGUGAUAGGCUUUACUUGUACGCGUGGGAGUGUAUAGACAAGUGCAUUUUUGUAAAUACUGCGUGACAAGCGUUUGACUUGCGUUAGCAAUAGCCGUCGAUGUCACACCGCUGGUAAAGAAAAGAAAAAAAAGUAUUGUUUUUUAAGGGUCCAAUGCGAUCAAUUCGCGAAAAUGUAUUGUAUAAGUAUUUUGAUGACAAUUGCUGUGAAAUAGCAUAAGUGAUAGAAUUCCACGAUUCCGUUCGUGGCUCCUUAACUACUGUUCUUUUCCGCGAGCAAAAUAAUAAUGAGCUUAUUUUUAGGGAGCAUGUGAUUGAGAUGCCCAACGGAUGAUAUUUCCAUGCGCACACUUAUUAAUGAUACUGUGAUAGCACUGCGAGCCUUAAUUACUUUAAGCAGUACUCGGCAGGUACGAGUCCAGUAUUUUUAUUAUUUAAUUUUUAAUCCCAGUAAAGGUUGUAGCUUCGAGAUGGCUAUUUGAUCGCGAAUUGUUUUCAAUCAAUUUUAUACGUCUUUUUAUCACAGAAGUAACUUUUAUAAAGCAAUAAAUUUAUAAAACUCCUGAAAUGAUAAAAUAAUCGCCCUUGUAAAUAAUUUUGUAGUGACAGUAGCAAAAUGUUCAAAUGUAGUAUUUAGGUUAGAGAGUACAAGCCAGUGUAAAAUAGUAUCAAACCUUCGUUAAACUAAUCACACUUUUAAAUGCAAAGAAAAAAUAUUUAUAAUUGAUUAAAUUAUAAAAUUUGAUACCAUAAUGUUUUAAAGCAAUAAAUUAACGUGAAUAUACGUUGA